AUGCUGGUCGCUGGGCCCCUGAUACGACGGCGAUCAAGCCUCCUUCGCUUCGGCAUCUUGGCCUUUAUUCUCCUCGUCGCUACCUGGCAGCUUUAUCCAAGCCCUGAAAAUCUGGUUCGCUUCGAUUUGAAUCUGACGCCUCCGGCUGCGGGAAGCCACGGGACGCCUCAACAUGACAAAGGCCGCAAGAACAAGCCGACCGACGCAGAUACAGCGAAACCACAACCCGCGAAGCCGGACAGCACCCCCCCAAGGUGGCCAGAAGCUACGCUGCCUGCCACCGCCUCGGAAGACCCGCAUCCUAUAGAAAAGCUCAUGUUCGACGCGCAGCGUCAGUUCGCAGCGAUAUCUUCCGGCGAAUCAAAAACAUUGGAGCAGGCUGCCCAAGCUUAUCGCAAAGCUCGUGGAAGGCAUCCUCCUCCGCACUUUGACAAAUGGUUCGAAUACGCCCAGUCACACCAUGCUCUGAUGGUAGAGGGAUUCUUCGACCAGAUAUACGAGGAUCUAGAGUCAUUCUGGGGCAUCGACCCUGCGCCCAUGCGCCGCGAGGCUAGUCAAUUCGAAAUGACCAUCAGUGUUCGUAAUGGUACGGCCACGGCCAAGUCCGAUUGGAUGUGGACUAAGAUCUGGCUCAACAUGACCAAGACGAUCGAGACUUUGCUUCCCGACAUGGACAUUGCCCUGAACGCCAUGGACGAACCGCGGCUGGUCGUCCCCUGGGAGGACGUCAAUGGAUACAUGAAGACGGCCUUGUCUACACGAAAGCUUGCAAAUGUGAGCGAGACGGUCAACGAAUUCCACGCUUGGCCCGAUCCAAAGACCGGCUCCUUAGCAGGCGAUGUCGCAGAUAAGAAUUGGGAGAAAGAUGAAUUCUACUGGAAGAUUGUUCGCCGUGGUUGCCCACCAGACAGUCUUGCUAGGACCACGCCACUUCAGGGCUCUUGGAAAGAGCCUCCGACUAUUAACAAUACAUAUGCGGAACCUCAUCUUCACAAAGGUUACGUUUCCAACUACACCAAGUCUAUACAAGUCUGCCAUCAGCCCGAUUUGCAAGGCCUCGAGGGCAUUCUCAUCCGGCCCCUGUCGACCAAAUCCACCAAGGUCAUGAUUCCCCUGUUUGGUGGUUCCAAGCUGACCGUCAACAACGAGAUCCUCCUGCCAGCCCCUAUGUACUACAGUGAAGAGGAGCGCUUUAUCGGUAACGGCAACCACGGCAUUGAAUGGCCUGAGAAGACUGACAAGGCCAUAUGGCGUGGUGUGGCAACGGGCGGUAGAAAUACGGAGCACAAUUGGCGUGGCUUCCAACGCCAUCGGUUCGUCGCCAUGAACAACGGCACCAAGAUCGCUCGUGUCGAGUCUGGUGAGGACAGGGCAGAGAAUUUCGCUCUUCCCGGGGAAUCUUACGGCGUACAGGCUUCUGCGGGCAAAAGCCUGGGACAUUGGGUCGACGAGUUUGCUGACGUUGGCUUCAUCGACCUCAUGUGCAGCUAUUCUGAUCAAAGGAACAAAUGCAACUACACUGACUUUUACUUCAACCCCAUAGAAGGUAUCAAGCUGAGCGAACAGUUUAAUUACAAGUAUCUGCCCGACAUUGACGGCAACUCAUUUUCUGGUCGAUACCUCGGGUUCCUGCGGUCUACUUCUCUCCCGAUAAAGUCAACCAUCUUCCGUGAGUGGCAUGACUCUCGUCUGGUGCCAUGGAAACAUUUCGUUCCCAUGGACAACCGAUUCACCGACUAUUACGGUAUCAUGGAAUUCUUUCGUGGAUACCGAGAUCGCGGUGCCCACGAUGAGGCUGCCAGGAAGAUUGCAAUGGAAGGCAAGGAAUGGGCAGAGCGGGUGCUUCGCAAGGAAGACAUGCGGAUAUACAUGCUGCGACUGUUGCUCGAAUAUGCCAGGGUUAUGGAUGACGACCGUGAGCUCAUGGGCUGGACAGGUGACGUCGUUAAGAAGCCCUCAUUGGCAAAGCCAUGGUCGUCGUGGUGGUAA